GUCUCAACAAAUCUAAUUUUCCAGUCUCUUCUUAGUAGUUUUGAGAAUUUCAUUGUGAAUUUCAACAUGAACAACACGAAGGUUGGGCUGCCAGAGCUGCACAAUAGGCUUAAGACUUAUGAGUCUUCCACUGCUAAGGUAAAAUCUGUGCUCAUGGUGAGCUCUUCUGCGAAGUCUUCAAAAUGGAAGAAUAAGCAGCAACAGAAGAAGAAAGCAUCUAAGGAUGUUGGUCUAAAGCCUAAGAGUGGAGGGGCCAAUAAGAAGUCGAAAUUAUCAAAGGAUGAAUGUCUUUUCUGUCAUGAGAAGGGACACUGGAAGAGAGACUGCCCAAAAUUCAAGGCACAAGGUGCAGAAAGUGGGAGCUCAGGGGCUAAGUGACUGCAAGAAAGUG